GAUGAUACGCUGCUCCUGUCACCUGGCCACACCUCCAGGAUCGCUCAGCAGCUCCGCCUCCUCGCCGCUGAUUGGCCACCGGAACUGUAGCUCAGGAGAGGCACACAGGCGGCCAAUCACCGGCGAGGAGGUGGAGCUUGGAGAGGAGGAGCCGAGCGGCAGCGCGGGGUCCAUCAAAGAAGAUCGAGGGAGCUGCCGGAGCGAGUGAAGAGGAGAGCGGCCAGAGAAGGAAGACAGCUGACAGGGGUCAGCAAAGUAAGUAUCAUUGGUGUCAGUGGGAGGAAUAGUGCCCCAUCAUUUGUGUCACUAAUACCAACGAUGGGGCACUAUUCCUCCCCCCACUGACACCAAUGAUGGGGCACUAUUCCUCCCCCCACUGACACCAACGAUGGGGCACUAUUUCCUCCCCCCACUGACACCAACGAUGGGGCACUAUUCCUCC